UAACAGAUCUGAACUCCGUAGAAGAUACUGCACUGGAGAGAACGAGAUAGGUUUAUUCGACGAAAGUUUUAUGUGUAAAUGAUAAAUGACGCUUAUCUAAGCAAAAUGUUCAAAAGUAUAUUGUGUAUUUCAUUGUUCGUAGGAACAUUGGUACAAAAAGGUGAUGCUUUAUAUUGCUAUCGUUGCAAUAGCAAUCAACCUGGAUGUGGAACACCAUUUAACUGGCUUUGGUACUGGGGAGAAACGUGCCCAGAAUAUGACGACAAAUGUGUUAAAAUUAUUGAGAGAAAAGGAGCUGAAACAGUAAUUACUCGAGAAUGUUUAAGUGCUGUUAGGGGUUUUAGGACUGAUAUACCAGCAGAUAAAUACGAAGGCUGUAGACCUGCUGCCAAAGAUGUCCGAUUAGGGCAUUAUGUCAACAAUAGUAUUCAUCAGCUGGAUAUUUAUAGAAAUUUUUACGAUGAAGUAACAUGGUGUAUAUGUUACUUUGAUCAUAGAUGCAAUAGCGCUUCUCAAACUGUAUUGUCUAUGCUUACUGCAACUGCUAUUAUUGCCAUUAGGUUAUUAGUUUAAAGAAACGAAGCCUGAUUGUAUACAAAAGCUAUCCGUCCAUUAAUUAUAGAAUUAUUUAAAGAAUCACAAAUAUUGUGAUAAAUCUAUAUACAAAACCAUCCAAUUACUUUAAG